AAAUUCUUGGAUCAGGACUACCAGGAGCUGCAGAAGAGCUGCAUCACCAAUAAGAUGAGAUUUGUUGAUGACAAGUUCCCUCCAGACAGCAGCUCCAUUGACACACAGAAGAAACUUAAAAUGGAUCUGGACCAAAUCAAGUGGUUGAGACCAUCAAAUAUAAUAUCAGACCCUCAGCUCAUUGUACAGGGUGCUUCUAGGUUUGACUAUUCCCAAGGAUCUUAUUUAGGAAACUGCUGGUUUCUUGCUUCAGUUGGGGCUUUAACAUUUCAGAAGGACAUCAUGGACCAGGUCAUGCCAGCUGACCAGUCAUUUGCUAAAGAUGAUGCAGGGAUAUUUCACUUCAGAUUCUGGCGAUUUGGUAAAUGGAUUGAUGUUGUCAUUGAUGACAAACUGCCAACAAUCAAAGGAAAGCUCAUUUUUGUUCAUUCAAAAACAUCUAAUGAGUUUUGGCCGGCCUUACUGGAGAAAGCUUAUGCCAAGGUGUGCGGCUCCUAUGCUGACAUGCAUGCUGGUUGUGUAUCUGAGGCUCUGCUGGACUUCACCGGUGGCAUCCAUGUGUACUUCAAACUGAAACAAACUUCCACUGAUUUGUGGAGCCUGAUGGACCGUGCAGCCAAAGCAAAGGCACUUAUGGGCUGCAGCACUUCUCGUGGGGAUACAUCUGCAAACACAGUAUUACCCAAUGGCAUCGUUCAAGGUCAU